CUCACACACCAGUCAAACCGACACACCUGUACCCGGACAGAAACAGUGACCACCAGGCUGUGGAAUACUAAAUAUCCUUUAGCAUAUAGCUACGGUUCACCACCGCCUCCGUCGAGUUAGUAGCGGGCCGUGUUGCUCAGAGUAGCAGCCUCAGCUGUCUGCCUACUCUGCCGUUAGCCACUGGUAGGAGCAGCAGCAGCUAAUCUAGCUACCUGUUAGCUGUUGGCAUCUGAGAUAUCCGGGAAGAGCUUCAAACAUGAGGCUGAAAGUAGGGUUUAUUUUACGGAGUUUGCUUGUCGUUGGGACUUUUCUUGGUUUGGUGGUGCUUUGGUCUUCCCUGUCGCCGAAAGCCAACGAUGUCAAGCCCUUUGGGAAACUGGAUGAUGAUAUGCUGCCUAAAGGAGACCUAGCAGAGCAGUUUAAGCCUGUAGUGCCCUGGCCUCAUGUAGAAGGGGUGGAAGUUGACCUCAACUCUAUCAGAGUCAAACAUGGAGGGGCAAAGCAAGCGCAGAAAGCAGACGAGCAGCCAAACCAGAAACAGGUGAUCCAGCAGCAGUAUGUGACAUUCAGACCUCACUCCCAAGCCUACACCAGCCCCAUCCUGAAGAAAGGUAUCCUAGGAAACUUUGAGCCAAAGGAACCUGAGCCUCAGGGGGUCCCCGGCGGUCCUGGAGAGGGAGCCAAGCCCUUUGUCCUGGGUCCAGAGUACAAAGACGCCAUCCAGGCUUCCGUCAAAGAGUUUGGCUUCAACAUGGUAGCUAGUGACAUGAUCUCACUGGACAGAACCAUCAGUGAUAUACGCCAUGAAGAGUGUAAGUACUGGCAUUAUGACGACCGACUGAUGACCUCCAGUGUGAUUAUAGUUUUCCAUAAUGAAGGCUGGUCUACACUAAUGAGGACCAUCCACAGUGUCAUCAAGAGGACUCCCAGGAAAUACCUGGCUGAGAUAGUCAUGAUAGAUGACUACAGCAACAAAGCCCAUCUGAAGGAGCACUUGGAGGAGUACAUUAAGCAAUGGAAUGGUCUUGUAAAACUCUUCAGAAAUGAGAAGAGAGAAGGACUUAUCCAGGCCAGGAGUAUAGGAGCCAAGAAAGCCACUAAAGGACAGGUACUGAUCUACCUGGAUGCUCACUGUGAGGUUGGAAUCAACUGGUAUGCUCCACUGGUUGCUCCUAUUUCAAAAGACAGAACCGUAAGUACGGUGCCUCUGAUCGACUCCAUCCAUGGCCAGAGGUUCACCAUCGAGCCCCAGGGGGGAGGAGACAAGGACGGCUUUGCUAGAGGAGCCUGGGAUUGGAGCAUGCUCUGGAAGAGAGUUCCUCUGGGAGAUGAAGAAAAAAAACUCAGAAAAACUCAGACUGAGCCAUAUAGGUCUCCAGCAAUGGCAGGUGGUCUCUUUGCUAUAGAGAGAGACUUCUUCUUUGAGCUGGGUCUGUAUGACCCAGGACUGCAGAUAUGGGGGGGCGAGAAUUUUGAAAUAUCAUACAAGAUCUGGCAGUGUGGUGGCCAGCUGCUUUUUGUACCCUGUUCCCGUGUCGGCCACAUCUACAGACUUCAAGGAUGGCAAGGCAACCCUCCACCUGCACAUGUCGGAUCAUCACCCACUCUGAAGAACUAUGUUCGUGUGGUGGAGGUAUGGUGGGAUGAAUAUAAGGACUACUUCUACGCCAGUCGUCCUGAAACUCUCACUCUUGCCUACGGAGACAUCAGUGAGCUUAAACGCUUCAGGGAGGAACAUCGAUGCAAGAGCUUCAAGUGGUUCAUGGAGGAAAUAGCAUAUGACAUUCCACAGCACUAUCCUCUGCCUCCUAAAAAUGUAGAAUGGGGGGAGAUUCGAGGCUUUGAGACAAGUUACUGUAUUGACAGUAUGGGACACACCAAUGGAGGCAAUGUGGAAAUAGGGCCGUGCCACAGGAUGGGGGGCAACCAGUUGUUUCGUAUCAAUGAAGCCAACCAGCUGAUGCAGUAUGACCAAUGCCUGACUAGAGGAAGUGAUAAUUCUGCUGUCAUCGUCACACACUGUGAUCAGAACCAGCACACUGAGUGGAAGUACUUCAAGGAUCUCCAUCGGUUCACUCAUAUACCAACAGGGAAAUGUCUAGACCGCUCGGACCUGCUCCACAAAGUCUUCAUAUCAGAUUGUGACACCAGUAAAACCACUCAGAAAUGGGAGAUGAACAACAUAGUGGCUGUCUGAAGACUGAGCAACUGGCACAAAUAAAACCACUGGGAGGUUGGAGAGAAACAUGGUGACUGGACGAGGAUCUACACCAAGAAAUACAUCCACUCUAUAAGUUUACAGAUAUAUCAAGCUGAUACUGUUGACAGUGUCGCAUCACAUGUUUUUUAUAUGAGCCAGUCAGUGUCAAUGCACCUCCAACAAGAUGAAGUCAAAAUGGUCCAAUUUUUAGACCCUCGACAACUAACAGCUUCCGCUGUUUGUUGGUACGGUUUGUCCACAUCAUAAUCCAUUCAUUAUACAGACGCAUAGACACUCCUGACAGCAGAAGAACUGGUUGGAAUGAAAGGCUGAAGCUACUGGUCCUCCAAAUGAUGUGUUGGAAAAACACUGAACUGGAAACAUGUCGUCUGUCCUUAUACUCCGUCUGUCUCUGUCCUUCAUAGUGAUUUUGUUUACACUGUGUCUUUCUAUCUGUUCUUUUGGGCUCUCAGGUCUUUUCUAAACCACUACAUUGAUAUUUAAAAUGAAUCACGUCAACUCUGACUAUUGAACAGUCAUGCUCUUAUUGGACCUUUACAAUCAACCAAAGAGUCCUUUAUAUUGGUGGAGUCAAUAAAACACCAGUGUGUUUAACCUUGUGUUCACACAGACACUGGCUGACAUAACGCUUGCUUUUGUCUGCAAGUCAGGCUAAGAUGGCUUCCAGGCUGUAACAGUGAGUUAAAAUACGAUGUUAAAUAGCAAUUGGAUAUAUAAAAGAAUAAACACUAAAUGAGCCAAAUCUGUCUCGCGUGAUUGACUAAUAUCAUGCUGCUAUUCAUGGCGUUAAAGUCCUGGCUUGUUUUAUGUAUGUAAACGACACAUCAAGAUGCUUGGUCACCUGCUUUUAGUAUGGCUUUUUAAUAGGCCAUUUUGUCCGAGCUCCAGUGGGCACAUACUGAACAGGCUAGAGAUUGACAUAUUCUGACAUUGUAUUUGUUUGUUAACGUUUGCACUCCAAAGUCUGUGAAAGACUUUUUUGAAAUUUUAGUAUGACCUCUAAAGAGCUUGAAGUUAAUAAUCUAACAGACUUAAUUUGGUUAAUGAAUAAGCUCAGUUGAAAUCAGCACAAUGUGGCAAAAGCCUGAGCAGAACAAAUGGAAAUCACAAAGAUGAAAAGAGUAAGCAAUCC